AUUAAUUAUGAGUGUUUAUCUUAUGAUUUAUAUUUUUUCAUUCUCUUUAGUUUAUUAUGACACAUUUUGAAGUAAUUAUGACAUAAUGUCAUUUACUAAUUUAAAAUUACGAAAAUUAUAACUAUUUCAAUAUUAUUUUAAUUGAAAAAAUUUAUUUAUUUAUACGUACUUGACAGGCACAAUGUAAUAAAUUUGACACUUACUAAAUAUAAUGACAUACUAAAGAAAAUCACAUAUAGAUGUCGUUUUUGUUAGAAUAUAAAUAAAGGAUAUAUAAAAUACGCAUACAUCUCUAAAGAAUAUAAAAAGUUUUAAUAUAAAAUUAAAUAAUAUACAUAUACGUAUACAUAUAAGUAAGAGUAUAAGCAGAGUGUUAUGUGAAAAUUAGGUUCAUUUAUGAAUUAUGACAAUAUAAUAUAUUAUAUUAAAUAAAAUUUGUGAUGCAUUCCAAGAUGGGGAUCGUUAAUUUAAGAAUAAAAAUCUACUAUAAAGAAAAUAUUUUAAUUCAAAAAAAUUAUUAAGUAUUUAUCAAAUGCUUUUACUAAAUUUAAAAUAUUUUUAAAAAAAAUUAUUUUACACAUAAUAAAAUGUCUUGUAAAUUUAUAUGAAACAAUUUUUGAUCGUAAAUUUAUUAAAUAAUCCUUAUAAAUAUAAAAUAUAAAAAUUUAACUAAGCAUAAUAUACAUACAUACAAAUAAAUAUAGGGAAAUAAGAGAUAACACAAAAAAAAAAUCAAAAUGUCGGAAAUGAUGGGCUAUUUGCCACCAGGAUAUGAAUUAGAUCCAAUGGAAAUUCAUAGGGAUAGUUUAAUAAAUGAUAUUAAUAAUGAUGAUAAUAAUAUUGAUAAUGAUGAUGUUGAAGAUUCAGAAUGGGCAGAUUUUGAGAAAUUUUUAAAAACAAUACGACAACGUCGUACAAGUACAACAUCUAUGGAAGAAGAAUUGGAACGUCAUCAUAGGAAACCAAAAAUUCAAUCACAAGCAUUUUAUCCAUGUCCACCAGUUAAUAUAUCUGAUCGUAGAGAUUCAGAUUUUUCUGUAUCAGAUGAUGAUCCAUUCGGAUAUUUGGACACCCUUAUGUAUGGUCGCUAUACCAAAGACCUAGGAGAAUACGCCAAAGAUGAAGCAAGAAAACUCAAAUUGCUUGAAAAAAGAAGAAAAAAAGAAGACAAACUCCGAAACAAGGAAUUAUUAGGAAAAAGACACGGCAGAUUAUUCAAAGUUUUAUCAUGGAUUUGGAAGCAUACAUUUGCCCGUUUAGGGGAGGAUUGGGUAUUUUUAGCACUUUUAGGUAUUAUAAUGGCUUUAUUAUCAUUUAUAAUGGACAAAGGAAUAUCAAUAUGCACAAAUGCAAGAGUAUGGUUAUACAGAGAUUUAACAAAUCAUAUAGUAACACAAUAUUUUGCAUGGAUAUCGUUACCAGUUGCUUUAAUACUUUUUUCAGCUGGUUUUGUUCAUUUGGUGGCACCACAAAGUAUAGGCUCAGGUAUACCUGAAAUGAAAACAAUUUUAAGAGGUGUUGCUCUUAAAGAAUAUUUAACAUUCAAGACUUUAGUAGCUAAGGUUAUUGGUUUAACAGCUACACUUGGUAGUGGCAUGCCAUUAGGAAAAGAGGGUCCUUUUGUACAUAUAGCUAGUAUAGUUGCUCAAUUACUUUCUAAGUUGAUUACCUCAUUCCAAGGAAUUUACGAAAAUGAAUCUCGUAAUUCCGAAAUGUUAGCUGCAGCUUGUGCAGUUGGUGUUGGUGCAUGUUUUGCAGCACCAGUUGGUGGUGUACUUUUUAGCAUUGAAGUAACCACAACAUAUUUUGCGGUUCGUAAUUAUUGGCGUGGUUUUUUUGCUGCAGUAUGUGGAGCAACUGUUUUUCGUUUACUAGCAGUUUGGUUUCAAAACGCUGACACUGUAAGAGCAUUUUUCUUGACAAGUUUCACUGCAGAUUUUCCAUUUGAUCCACAAGAAUUGUUCGUGUAUGCAUUAAUGGGAGUGAUAUGCGGUCUGGGUGGAGCAUUAUAUGUAUGGGUUCAUAGACAUUACGUCUUAUUUAUGCGAUCCAAUAAAAAAAUGAACAAAUUCUUACAAAAAAACCGCUUUUUAUAUCCUGGUAUAAUAGCUUUAAUAGUUUCUACUAUAACAUUUCCUUUAUUUACUGGACAAUUUAUUGCUGGUGAGCUCAGUACACAUGAACAGGUUACACAACUUUUUACAAAUUUUACGUGGACACGACCUGAUCUCACUAUUGAACAAACGGAAGUUGUUAGUAAUUGGAUGACUCCAUAUACAGAUGUUUUCAUAAAUUUAGCAUGUUACGUUGUAUUUACGUUCUUUUUUUCAAUUAUUGCAUCAACUAUUCCUGUACCAUCAGGUAUUUUUAUACCAGUUUUUAAGAUUGGUGCAGGUAUUGGUCGUUUAGUUGGUGAAGGAAUGCAUACAUGGUUUCCAAGUGGCGUCCGUUAUGGUGGUAGAUUAUCAGCAAUUAUACCUGGUGGAUAUGCUGUUGUCGGUGCAGCAGCAUUUUCUGGUGCUGUUACUCAUACAGUAUCUGUAGCUGUGAUAGUAUUCGAAAUGACAGGACAAAUUACACAUGUUGUACCUGUUAUGAUAGCUGUGUUAAUAUCAAAUGCAAUUGCUGCACUUCUACAACCAUCUAUGUAUGACAGUAUUAUAUUAAUUAAGAAAUUACCAUAUCUUCCCGAUUUAUUACCAUCAUCAUCCGCAAUGUAUAGUAUUUAUGUUGAAGAUUUUAUGGUGCGUGAUUUACAAUAUAUUUGGCAAAAUAUUAGCUAUCAAAAAUUAAAAGAAAUAUUAAAAUCUAAUAAAGCAUUAAGAAGUUUACCAUUAGUUGAUAAUCCAGAGAAUAUGAUACUUUUAGGAUCUGUUCAAAGAUAUGAAUUAAUUAAAAUGAUUGAUAAACAUAUUGGUCGUGAAAAACGUAUGGAAGUUGCUCAAAAAUGGAAAAAAGAAGCUGAAGAAAGAAUUGCUCGAGAAGAAGAAGAACGUAUUAAAAAAGAACAAGAAGAAGCUGCUAAAAUACGUAGACCGUCACGUUUUGAAGUUUUACCAGCACCAGAUAUUUUAGCAUUACGGCAACAAUUUUCAAAUGAUGAAACAAAAAGUUUAGAAAAAACAAACAGUUCUAAUGCAUUAACCAUUUCUCAACCAAAAAAAUCAAUUCUGAAGAAAACAAAUUCAUUUAAUUUGAAAGGUUUACAUACACCAAGUAGCCCAACAAUGACACCAUAUACAACAAUUACUGGAAAUACAGAAUAUCGUAUUCGUUCAGCAUUUGAAGCAAUUUUCAGGAAAGCUGCUACAUUACAAGAUGUUAAUCCACCAGAUUCACAAAAUGCUUCACAGGGUAAUUUAACUGGAAAUGAACAUCAUACAAUUCAUCAUACACCAUCGAUUUCGAAAAAAGUUCAAUUGCCGAGAGAACGUGUCAUUGAUAUGUCACCGGAAGAUCAAAAAAUUUGGGAAAUGGAAGAAAUGUUAAAACCAAUUGAUUUGGAAGCAGCCCAUGUUAAUAUUGAUCCUUCACCAUUCCAAUUAGUUGAACGUACAUCUAUUCUAAAAGUUCAUUCACUUUUCUCAAUGGUCGGAAUAAAUCAUGCUUAUGUAACUAAAAUUGGACGUUUAGUAGGUGUUGUUGGAUUGAAAGAGCUUCGUAAGGCUAUUGAAGACAUUAAUAGUAAUAAUUUUACAAUACAAAGUGCAUUACCAUUACCAAUUGAAAUAGAAACAGAUGCAGAAGGACAAAAAAAUUCAAAAUUAUUGGAACCAUUAUUAAUGACUCCACCACCAUUAUUACAACCAAAAAAUAGUGAUAAACAAGUGAAUCUAACAAUAACAUCAAUGGAUUCAGCAUUAUCAAAUUCAGAAAAUUGUUCGGAUAUUGAAUUAGAUAGUUUAAAUAAUGCAAAAAAUAAUAAUAAUAAUAAAACAUAAAAAAAAUUUAAUAAUAUAGUAUACAUAUGUAUUAAACAUAUAUCUAUAUACAUAUAUAUUUUUAUGUAUUUUAAGAAAUUGUAAUAUAAUUUUAAUUAUAUAAAUUAUUAAGUAUAAUAUUAUAUAUUAUUUUAAUAUAAUUAUGCAAAAUAAAAAAAAAAUUAUAAUAAAAUUUAGUUUUAAGUAAAAUAUUUCAUAGUUUAAGUAGGAAUUUUA